GUCAGCAACUGGAACAGCUGGAUCAACGCGCGACUGCGCAGCAGCACCAGAUUUUGAGGGGAACAGUAGAGAUUUUUAGUUAAAAUCGGUGGAUUAUAUGUUUCGUUUUUCCUACACAUUCAUUUUUUAAGUGUUUUUGCUUUCUUAUGAUCUAAUUUCUAUUUUCUUCCGUGAGUUCUAACUUUGGAUACAAAUAUUUUAAAACAUCUAUUUGGUGAGUUUUUCCGCCUAAACCCGGGUAUUUGCUCCCUGUCCAGAGUGUGUGUGGCAGUGUGAGCUCAGCAGCAUCAGACGGUUAGUUUAGCUGAAGAGCCUCCGGUGCCAACGCCUCUUUUCCCCCUCUGCACUUCUGCUGCCCUGCUGGGAAACUUCAGCUCGCACCGACCAGAGGGCUCGUUUCAAGGCGUCUCCCUUCAACUCAUGAGCGGCUAAAGCACAAUCCAACGCUAAAGAAGUUUUGUGAGAGUGAACAUGGGCUGCACGAUCAGCGCCGAGGACAAAGCUGCGGUGGAGAGGAGUAAAAUGAUUGAUAAAAAUCUGCGGGACGACAGAGAGAAGUCAGCCAAAGAAGUGAAGCUGCUUCUGCUCGGUGCUGGGGAAUCUGGAAAGAGCACACUAGUCAAGCAGAUGAAAAUCAUUCACGAAGAUGGCUACUCAGAAGAGGAGUGCAAGCAGUACAAAGUGGUCGUGUACAGCAACACCAUCCAGUCCAUCAUGGCCAUCAUCCGCGCCAUGGGUCGCUUAAAGAUAGAGUUCGGAGAUGCUGCACGAGCGGACGAUGCCCGCCAGCUGUUUGUCUUGGCGAGCUCUGCGGAGGAAGGCGUGUUGCCGUCCGAGUUGACCACUGUGAUACAGAGGCUGUGGGGCGACGUGGGAGUUCAGACGUGCUUCGAUCGAUCACGAGAGUAUCAGCUCAACGACUCUGCUGCAUACUACCUGAAUGACCUGGACAGGAUCUGUCAGCUGAACUACGUCCCGACUCAGCAGGAUGUGCUGCGUACACGUGUGAAGACCACUGGCAUUGUGGAAACUCACUUCAACUUCAAAGAUCUCUACUUCAAGAUGUUUGAUGUCGGUGGUCAGCGCUCAGAGAGGAAGAAGUGGAUCCAUUGUUUUGAGGGUGUCACAUCUAUCAUUUUCUGCGUAGCUCUCAGUGACUACGACCUAGUCUUGGCUGAGGAUGAGGAGAUGAACCGGAUGCAUGAGAGCAUGAAGCUUUUUGACUCCAUCUGCAACAACAAGUGGUUCACACUCACCUCCAUCAUCCUCUUCCUCAACAAGAAGGACUUGUUUGAAGAGAAGAUCACCCGGAGUCCGCUCACUAUUUGCUGGCCCGAAUACUCUGCUGGGAAUUCGUACGAUGAGACUUCAUGUUAUAUCCAGGCCCAGUUUGAAGACCUUAACAAACGAAAGGGCACCAAGGAGAUCUACACUCACUUCACCUGUGCCACAGACACCAAGAAUGUUCAGUUUGUGUUUGACGCCAUCACCGACGUCAUCAUCAAGAUCAACCUGAGGGAGAUCGGGCUUUACUAAAGCUUCAGGCGCUGCAGGUGUCAGGAGCAGAAUUGGGACUUCUGGGCCGAUAUGUCUUGUCUGCAGAAGGAGAAUUAGAAAGUAGGUGUUACUAAGGACUAAGCUGGUGCCAUGCUGCAUGCAGGACCUAAAUUCCGCAAUUUGGGGACUUGAUACCACCAUUACUCAAUAGAUGUUAUGAUGCAGAGCGCAGUGGGAGGAAGUGAAAGUGGUGGAGGAGGCUUGUGAAAUGAUCGCUGUGAGAUUUGUGAAGUCCUGUCAUAUACAAGACCUUUGCAUCAGUCUGGGGCUGACAGGUAAAGCUCCUCUGAUGUCUCUGACGCAUUUAUAGUUUGUCUAUAUGUACAUGGACCAAAACAGACUGCCUGUUUUAUCAGAUCCAUUUCACAGUUUCACAGCUGAUGUACAUUCUGUUCACUUUUUUUCUGUUGCAAAGCUUAAUUCUGUAUUACAUAACUUUUAUUGAAUAUUUGCAUAUAGUAUAUUUAAAUUUUUGGAUGUGUGAAUGCGUUAAAUUAUGCAUUGAGAAGCGUUUUGUUCGGGCAGUUUUGAUGUAUAUAACGUAACCUUUUGGGUCUGGGAUUAGUUAGCAAGAGUGUAAUGAACAAAGUAGCAACACGGCUGUCUACAUAGUUAAUAGUUAAUCAUUUUUAACUUGACAACAUUGUAUUGAACAAUAUUUUUGUACACAUCACUGCAAAUCAAUUUGUAAAGGGAGAUCUUGAUUUCCCUGUGUUUUUUUCAAAGGGGGUAUAAUAUGACCUACUUUUAUCACUAAGGUCAAUAUGGAAUUUUUUGUUUAGUUAGUGAUGAUAUAUUCAAGGAUUAUUCAUUGUCAAAAUGCAGCAUAUGCAAGUGAAUUCCUGAAAAUGUAGUUUUUCUGUUGUGCAACAGGAGGAUAAUAAACAAACAAAACAAUCGUA